AAUUUGCCCCCUAGAUUAGCUUACCGUCAGCGAGAACAUCGUAUCCCUAGUUGUCUGUCCAUACUCCUCUACUGGACCCUUACUUCCCGAUACGGCUGUGCUUACGUAACACCAUCGCUGCAUCUGCAAGAAUAUCCGGGCUGAAGUUUGAAGCAUUAUGGGUUUUAUCAAUCCGGGGAAACCGCUAAAAAGGGCCAGAUACAGAGCCAAACAACAUAAACCGAAGAAGCUUAAGAUAGCACCGCCCAGGGUCAUCGAGCCGUUGACUCUAUCUACACUCCCAGUGGAUAUCUUGUACAAAAUUUUUGUCUUAUCAAAACCUAAUAAUACUCUUCCGUUGGUCAAUAAAGAAUUUUACAACCUCCUCAAGUUUGAUCCUCAACAUGAAACUAAUUCGGGAAAUUGGAGAAAUCUCUCUCUUGUGAUUGAAAUGAUCAAGACCUGGUAUCUCGUGGACUUGAACACCAGGAUUGAUUUUAAUCUCAUCCACAAGAAACUCGAGUACUAUGAGAGUAGACUACUUCAAGUCAUACAAGAAUUUGCAUACCACCAGCAUGACCCAGAUCAAUCGAUCGAGGUAAACGGAAAUUACAAAAUGAUAAAGAGAAACCUAGACAUUAUUCUGCACACUGUCCAUAAGCUUCAAUUAAAUUCGACCUCCAAGGGCAUUUCAGACAAAGUGCUAGCCAACAAAUUUGUGUCAAAGGGUUUAAUUGAGCAAUUUUUCAAAUCUUACGUGUUCAGUUUGUAUAACGACGAAUCUGCUAACGAGUAUAUGAAUUUAAUGUCAGAAGGAGAGAUCGUUUAUGAGAGAAAGACCAGAUUGAGGUUUUUGAGAUACAAGUUCAAAGAGUUAUCAUUGAAUUUUCAAAACCUAAUUAAUCAGAUCCAUAAUGAAACAACAGCCUUGCCGACAGUUAAUUCUAAUGAAGAUGAUCAGUCGUCAACUCCAGCAAUGCAAGAAGUUGAAUCCACAGAAGAAUUGAUUUUAGAUGAAAACGAAAAAUUACCAGAAUAUGACGACGAGAAACAGCAGAUAGAACCAUGGCUUCUCAAUAGUAGCACCAACUUAUCAUUGCCCUUCAGCAUUAGAGAGAACACUGUGAUAUAUGAUUUCGAGAAAGUGCGCUACAACAGAAACUUUCCCACAAUCAUUUACAGAAAUGGCAUUAACACAAAUGCCAAGUUUCAAUUGUUGAAACUUUUACAAAGGAUAUAUUUGUUCAGGUUUGAAGAUAUGGAUGAAAUUCUCAUUUCUACGUUGUAUAAUUUCAAACCUGAGGAGAUUCAUAAUAUCAAGACUUCAAGCUUAUCACUAGAUCAGAUAAUGACUUUUAUACUAUCAGCAAAGCAUGGAUCAAUUACUCAGAUUCCAGUGAUAAAUUUACUUAAGCUUUAUCACGAGUAUGAACCAAAAGAUUGCUCUGAAUUCGGCAUCAACUACAACGGUGAUCUAAUAUCCGAGGACAUAUCCAAAGCACUUAUACAAUUAUUGACAGACUUUUACAAUCAAAAUGAGCACGAGGAUCUGGAAAUUUGGAGAUUUGUGUUGGAAUCUAAAAACUAUAAUUUAGCACAACUAUUGAUGCGGUUCAGUGAAUGUCCUAGCUUCGAACUUCUUUGA